AUGAUGUUCGUUACAAAAUCCAGGAAGACUACAACCCUCACGCUCCUUUGCCUCGCUAUCCUCGCACUGGCCACUUUCUCAGAGGCCAAUGACUUAUCCCCCCAACGUCGCGACCAUGUCGACGUACGACGCAUGAUCAAGAAGCGCACCCCGGGGCUGGCUGGCCUGGUCGGCCUCGGUGACGAUCCCCCGGCGGCGGGUAGCAGUACGUCUGCUACCGCGUCUAGCACCGCUGCGAGCAGUGCGGCUUCGUCGGCGGCCUCCAGCUCCGCCGCAUCCGCGACCUCCGCCUCGUCCAGUGCUUCCAGCGCUGCUUCCUCGAGUGCCAGCUCUUCGGCAUCGUCGAGCUCGGCCUCGUCUAGCGCGUCCUCGUCGUCCGCCUCAUCCAGUUCGAGCAGCGCCUCGAGCUCCAGUGCCUCGAGUACUAGCUCUGCGUCUUCUACCAGUGCUACAUCUGCUUCUCAGACCUCAGAUGCCGGUACCGACGCUGCUACAGCAACCCCUACUGAUACCCAGGACUCUGGUGCCACCGGCUCCUCCCACCGCGUCACCAGCACUGUGACCACGCCCGCGAGCGCUACCGCAGCUGCCAACGCUGCUUCUGCUUCCAGCACGUCCAAGGUCACGAAGACUACCCUCGUUGUGAUCGUCUCGGUCGCCGGUUCCGUUGGGUUUGUUGCCAUCGCGUGGACGCUCUUCCGCAAGUGGAAGCUCCGCCCGUCUGCGCACUUCGACGACCGCAUGGCCCCCAUCGACUGGCAGCCCACCCUCGACAACGACGACGGCAUCCCGAGGCACCGCCGCAUCUCGGCCGCUUCGCACGGUUCCUUCCAGUCCGGCGCCGGUCACAACGACGGUGCCUAUGGUUCGGACAGCGGCCAUGGUCACGGCAACCCCUCGCAGCUUAACCCGAUCCCGGACCACGACUUCACCGCCGGCCCGAACGCGCUCGCCCCUGUCGGUGGCUACGCCGACCUCCAACGCGGCCCGAGCCCUUCCCCGCAGAUGGGCGAGCUCCAGCGUGGCCCGAGCGUCUCGCACGCGAACUACGCCGCCGACCCGUACAGCGUGUCGGCCUACCAGGGUGGUUACUACAACGGCACCGCGGCCAACCAGGUGCGGUACUAA